GUUUUCUAUUGUCACAUAAAUUUCCAUCAGUGUCAACUUCAAACUUAAAAAUUUACAAAGUUAUUAUUUUUUGUAAAAAAACUAUAUGUGGUGCAUAAUUUUGAUUCAAUGGGAAAUUUCGUUUCAAGGCUAAAUUGUAUUAGACAGAAGGAGGGUUCACUAAGUGAUAAAGAAUUAAGAUCAGUCAGAGAAGUUAUUUCGGCCUUACGAGAGAAUGUCGAAGAAAUUGGUCACGGAUGGUUAUUCAGACCCGGACCAGCGAUGCACCAUCAAAUAGUGAGUGAAAUGGUGCUCGCUCUCGAAAAGAGUCAGCCAAGGCACGUAGAACGUCUCCUGAACGACGGAUUUCGCAUCGAAACGGCUCAGGCAUUGCUCAUAUACCUCAACAAAAGAGGCCAGCCUUUGGUACCGGAAUAUAUACAGUCGCUGGCUUUAGACGCUCCCGACGAUAUUGCGCCGGAAGUGAUCGCCACAGAUGUGUUGGGAUUGAUGAAGCAAGACGUGCCUGAAAAGCGGCUCGAGCUGUUGAUCUUGCUUCUGAAUUUGCUGAACACCGUGAUAAAAUACUCCCCGUCCGAUGAACUAAGAGGCAGCACUCUACCUUUGAGUAUGCUCCCGUUAUUUUUCAACAUACAAAAUCAACACGUGCAAGACUGGAGAAAAAUUGUGACCAUUUUUGUGGAACUUAUUCGGAAAGCGGCUACGGAAACUGAAGAGACAAUCACCACCAGAGAAUCGUCUUUUUCAAAUGUUCGAGUCCGCAGAUUCAAGGUAUUCUUGAUGUGCAUUAUUAACAAAACGAACAAAUUUCGGUUUUUUGUAUGCAUAUAUUCAUUAAUAGGUAUCAGGAGACUUUUUAAAAAACGAUUAUAGAAUCAUAACUGCUUAUUUUACGUACAGUAUUAAAAAAUUGUAUAAAGUGCAAAAAAUAAAAUGUAUAACUUAAAUUAG